GUCACAACGUACGACCUAUCUUGGUAAGACACCAUCACAGGAUACAUUCCCCUCUUUGGACGAUACCCUUUAUCUCUAUUCCAUCUACAUCAACUUGUUGCUGUUUCCCAUCUAUCGAUCGGCGGUUUCCAAUUGAGUUACCAAACAAGAUCUCGACGGCUCAAACCCCCCUCCCUCUGCCACCUACCCCUCUGUUGACAUUUCCCCUCCUUGUAACUCAAUUCAAUCAAUCCAUUUACUAAUAGUCAUUCGUCCAUUUGUCCGGUCAGACGUCGUACGAUUCUCGAUCCCACCAAAGCCUUUGCCUUCAAGCAAACAUAACCAUCAACAUGUCAGAACCACUCACCAAGGUCGAUUCCGCCGUCCAGGGCCUGUCUUCGUCCCCCAAGGACACCAAGAGCUCGGCAGCUGCUCGAAGAGCGAGCUCUGCAGCAGCCAGUGGCGUGUACAACAUCAAGGACCUAGAGGAGCAAAAGGUUGAGAUUGAAAUCGCCAAGGAGACCCAACGGACGGGAUGGAAGGUUAACACCUCACCGUCAACAGUCGAGGACAAGGAAAUCCUCAAGAAGCUCCUAACCACACCACCAAUCAAGAAGAUCGACCUGCACUUCCCCUUGGGCCUUGAAGUCACGGCAAGAAACCUGAAGGGCGUCACAAUCAAGGAUGCCAUGGAUGCCAUCCACAAGGCAUACAAGAAGAGGGCCGACGACGAGCUAGACCAACCAUAUCUGGCUGGCUUUGAGUGGGACAAGGAAGAGUGCUGGACACGAUUCAUUGUGCACCUAUCAAAGGACAGCGGAGUCCAGGCUAACGCCGGAGGCAAGAAGAAGAAGAAGGCCGCUACUGAGGAGUAAGCCAUUGAUGCUACUCGAUCCAAGCUGGAUGCGUGAUAUUGGAAACCAAGUUGGUAAUACGCAAACCAUACCUUUAUUGGGCAAGUCCCAUACUCUAUCCUCGUCAUCGACAGAUGUGUGGAUCUAGUUUACGUUCUCAUGUGUCUCAACAUCAGUUCUCCGAGAGGAGGAAUCAACCUUUUGAGAUAUAUUUAUUUAAACAAUACUAUUAAGCUGUUCCUCGGCUCUCA